GUGUGUUCAGCUGGAGUCGGUGGCGGUAGUGCGUUUAGGCUGCUGUAUGCAAGCUAUCAUAAAACAUGAAGAAGACGACGACGACGAAGAAGAAGAAGAAGAAGAGCCAAUGUUAGAUUUUCAAUGGAAACUGAAAGCAAUUACGGCUCUUAAAAGACAGAAACACUGAUCUCCUGAAGAACUGGUUCAUUUGUCAAAACAAGGGUUUAAGUAAAAGAAGGAGACAGACCCUGCAGAUGGCUGGUUUUCUGGAUAACUUCCGCUGGCCAGAGUGUGAAUGCAUCGACUGGGGGGAGAGGAGGAACACGGUGGCUUCUGUAGUGGCUGGAGUUCUGUUUUUUACAGGCUGGUGGAUCAUGAUUGAUGCAGCAGUAACGUAUCCGUCCCAGCAGAUGAACCAUGCCUUUCACACGUGUGGCGUCUUCUCCACGAUAGCAUUCUUCAUGAUUAAUGCAGUCUCCAAUGGUCAGGUGAGGGGGGACACAUAUGGCGAAGGCUGCCUUGGCAGGACAGGAGCUCGUCUUUGGCUCUUUAUCGGCUUUAUGAUGAUGUUUGGUUCGCUCAUCGCCUCCAUCUGGAUUCUGUUCGGAGGUUAUGUGGUGCCAAAGAUAGAGGUGGCACCAGGAUUGGCUGUGUUCUUUCAAAAUGCCUUCAUCUUUUUUAGCACUCUGAUCUACAAGUUUGGACGGACUGAAGAUUUAUGGGGUUAGAAGAUCUUUCUCUCAUAUAUUUACGCGUCUUACCAACGAUUUGCUACCAGUGGUUUUAAAUUAAAAGGCUGUAGAUCCUGCACCCUUAAUACAGUGUUUUGGCAGUUGCAGUGAUUUUAAAUUGAGAUCAAUCAGUGCUGCUACACACACACGCAUACACACAUGCGCGCGUGCACACACACACACACACACACACACACACACUAUUAUAUAGUGUUGUAGCCACUGUUACUAGUUCUGAACACGUUUAGUGACUUAAUUGGUAUAAAAAUAGCUGUCAUUUGUUUAGAUGCAUUUGCAUACUCUUCUUUUUUGUUCAUACUGUACUGUGUACUGUAGUGUGCUGUUUUUGAGAAAAACACUUCAUAAUGUUUGUAUUUUAAUUGAGGAAUUCCUGUUUGUUAUUAAGGACACUGGCUCAUUUAGUUUUAUUUUAUCAGACAUAUUUCAAGUGUGAGUUUAUGGCAUCAUUUGUUAAAUAUGUUGAGGGGUUCAGUGUAAUUUCACUAUAGUGAGUCAGAAAGGGAAAUCAUCCUUUGGAUUGGCUAAUCUAUUGAUAAAAACAUAUUUGAGGUGGAUGUGACAACAAACACACAACAGAGGGAACAGAGCCCUUUCUGCGGUCUCUUCUGAAGCUGCUCAUAUUGUAUGCUUGUAUGUUGCAGUUCAACACAUCCACUGAGUUAUAACUUCUUUUGGAUAAACUGUAAGCGUUUUUCUUUUCACAUGUCUGAGCCAUUAUAGGGUCAGUUUUCUGUUGUUGUUCUGCCUCAGGAUGUUUUUUGAAAUCGUUCUGUCCUUUUGGACUAUUUUCUUGUUUUGUUCUUGUUUGUACUAGAACAUGUCCUAGAAAGUGAGAUGUAUGUAUUGAGAUGCUUGCCAUUUUUCUGUAGCCAUUUUUCAGUGUUUAUGUAUAGAACAAAUCUUCUGAAGCCGUCAAUCAGCCUUUGUAGAAACUGCAUUAAAGGACUGCUUGCUACCAUAUAGAGGCAUUUUAUAUUCAAUCAAAUGCCUCUCCACACUAACUCUUUUAACCACAUGUAAUAAAAAUAAGACUGGGCUGCUUACCAUCUUCACUACACUACACUUUUUCAAUAAUUUUCUGACUUGCCAAGAGUGAAAAUAAAUUGUUUUAUUGGAGAA